GUAAAACUUGAUGCCGGUCUGAGCCGGACGCUGAUGCGGAUCUUCAGCUUCAGACUUUUAGAAGUUGAGACGCCUUCAAGCUCCUCUGGUUGUAGCUGGUUAUUGUGGUUGUACUGGGAGGACUGGUAAUGGGGCCCCGUCCUGUCCGGCUCACGCUGCUGCUGCUGCUCCUCGUCAACCUAAUGGUGACGGUUUUGGCGGAGAGCCGGGACUACUAUGAUCUGCUGGGAGUCAGCAGGGAGGCCACGACUAGAGAGAUACGCCGGGCCUUCAAGAAGCUGGCGCUCACCAUGCACCCCGACAAGAACCCUGGCGACCCCUCAGCCCAUGAGAAGUUCCUGCAGGUAAAUCGAGCCUACGAGGUUCUCAAGGACGAAGACCUUAGGAAGAAAUAUGAUAAAUAUGGAGAAAAGGGAUUGGACGAGCAGCAGGGAGGACGUUACGAGAGCUGGAACUACUACCGCUAUGACUUCGGUAUCUAUGAUGAUGAUUUGGAGAUCAUCACGUUGGACAGCGGAGAUUUUGAGGCUGCAGUGAACUCGGGAGAAAUCUGGUUCAUCAACUUCUAUUUCCCACGAUGCUCACACUGUCACCAGCUGGCUCCAACGUGGAGGGAGUUUGCUAAGGAGAUGGACGGCGUGAUCAGGAUUGGAGCAGUGAACUGUGGAGACAACAACCAUCUCUGCAGGAGGCAAGGCAUCAACAGCUACCCCAGUCUGUUUAUAUACAGAGCAGGACAGAAACCAGAGAAGUUCAAUGGGGAGCGUUCUAAAGACGACCUGGUUCGCUUCUCCAUGCGGUUUAUCACAACAACUGUCACUCAGCUUUGGCAAGGUAACGUGUUCAGCGAGAUAGAGGGCGCGUUCUCGUCAGGGCUCGGCUGGCUGAUCACCUUCUGCUCUGACACUGGAGAUUGCCUGGAGCCAAGAACAAGACAGAAGCUGGCAGGAAUGUUGGAUGCUCUGGUUAAAGUGGGAUGGAUGGACUGCACCACACAGCAACAGCUCUGUGACAGUUUCCAGGUGAGCAGUGGAGCGACAGCUUUGUUCCCCCCUGGAAGUUCUCUGGAUCAACAAGGCAGCGUACUGUGGCUGAAUACUCUGGACAGUAAAGAGAUUUACAGUCAGGUCCUCAACCAUCUGCCUGAUCUGGAGCUGUUGACCAGCGACAGCUUCCAGAGGAAGCUGGCCCAUCAUCGCUGGUUGGUCAGUUUCGCGUUUGGAGACAGAAGCACUGCCUCCAACGAGUACAAGAAGCUGCAAGCUUUCCUCAGAAAUGACCACAUACAGGUCGGCAGAGUGGACUGUAUAGCAGACCCCGAGCUGUGUCAGUCUCUCUACAUCCAUAAGCCCUGCGUGGCUGUCUUCAAAGGACUGGGAAUCCACGACUUUGAGAUCCACCACGGUAAAGAUGUGUUGUACAACAUCGUGGGGUUUGCGAGGGACAGCGUUCGCGCUCAUGUGACGACUCUGAGGCCCGACAACUUCCCUUCAGACAGGAAGGAGCCUUGGCUGGUCGACUUCUUUGCUCCGUGGUGUCCUCCGUGCCGAGCUCUACUGCCUGAACUGAGAAAAGCGUCCAUCCAGUUGGCGGGACAGAUGAAGUUUGGCACAUUGGACUGUACCAUCCACCACAACCUCUGCUCUAUGUAUAAUAUUCAGGCGUACCCCACCACGGUGAUCUUUAACGGUUCCUCUGUUCAUGAAUAUGAAGGACAGCAUUCAGCAGACGGCAUCCUGGAGUUCAUACAGGAUCUGGUCAAUCCAUCUGUGGUGGUCCUGGAUCCUUCCAGCUUCACAGAGAGAGUUAAAGGUCGAGCUGAAGGGCAGAUCUGGGCGGUGGAUUUCUACGCUCCAUGGUGUGGUCCCUGUCAGGCUCUGGUUCCUGAGUGGAGACGCAUGGCCAGGCUGCUGUCGGGUCAGAUCCUGGUCGGGUCAGUAGACUGUCAGCGGUUUCAGAUGUUCUGUCAGAGUCAGAGUGUGAGGGCAUACCCCGAAAUCCGACUGUACCCCGGCAACAGCCGGCAGCCAGAUCGUUACAUGAGUUAUAAUGGUUGGCACAGAGAUGCUCAUUCACUGAGAACAUGGGCACUGAGUUCUUUACCCAGAGCAUCGGUGGACCUGACUCCAGAGUCCUUCCGCUCUCUGGUUCUGUCUGGUCAGGAUCACUGGGUUCUGGAUUUUUACGCCCCCUGGUGUGGACCUUGUCAGCACUUCGCCCCAGAAUUUGAGGUCCUGGCUCUGAUCCUUAAAGGGGAGGUUCGGGCAGGGAAGGUGGACUGUCAGGCCCAUUAUCAGACCUGUCAGUCAGCUGGAAUCACCGCCUACCCGACCGUCAGAUUUUACCCGUACCUGGGAAAAAGGAGGUCUGAACACAGCCGGGAACACAUCAAUAGCCGGGAUGCUAACGUGAUCGCUGACACCAUCAGACAGCGGCUACAGCAGCUGUCGCCACAGUUACACAGCAAAGCAAAGGACGAGCUCUGAUGAUCCUGGGGUUGUGCUGUGAAAAAGACCAGCAGAUCUCAUUGGUCAGGGAGGGACGGAAGGAGAUUUGAUUGGACCAGCUCAAUGAUCCAUCGAUAAACUAUCCUCUAAGACCACAGCUGUAGCAACAGACAGACAGAAGGACACUGGCUGUUACCUGCUGUGUUGAAUGUACUGGACACUUCUUCCUUUUUUUAAUGUCUUUUUUAUUUGUCUCCAUCGUUUGUAUUUACUCUAUGAAGUAAAACUGUGGGACACUGUAUACUGGACACUGACGCACACACGCACACACACAGCCAGAUGUUGACAUAGUGUUGUAUUUUAUUGUUCAUGUAGAAGCUGUUGGACUUUCAGAAUAAAAGUGUGUUUCUCUUUAAAAAAGAUUUCAACAGUCACAUCGGUUUUACAACCUUCACUGCAGAUUUUAUUCCACCUUUUAUUACAAAUUCUAGUAGAUCUCAGAAGUCACGUAGAGUUAGAACAGUUAGUCAGUUAAUCGAUUAGUCAGUUGAUAGAAAAUUAAUGGGCAACUAUUUUGAUAUCUGACUCAUAGUUUAACCAUAAAUGCCAAACCUUCUUUUGUUCCAGCUUCUCAAAUGAGGCGAUUUGCUGGUUUUAUAUUGUAAAUUGAAUAUAUUUGGGUUUUGGACUGAUGCUUGGACAAAACGAGACACGUUGGACUCCGGGAAACUGAAACAGGCAUUUUCCUCCAUUUUCUGAUGUUUUAUACCAAGAGAUCAGUGGAGAAACUAAUUGAUGAUGAAAAUAAUUGUUAGUUGCGGCUCUCAAGCCAUGUAGAAGCUACAUAAUACGGAAUGAAUCCGCAUUCUUCUAAUCAUUAUGUGUGUGUCAGCUUUCGUAUCCUUUGUGUCCUCUAAUUUAAAGUGUAUGUUAGUAA